AGCCCUCCAUUAGAAAAUCCCUCAUCCUUACUGGCUUUGAAAUCGAUCCAUUAAACGAAGGUUUUAUUUAUUUAUUUUCAAAUGUGCUUUGGCAAGUGAAUUUCAGCUAAACUGAUGAAAACACGCUGGUUUUAUCUGUCCUAUUUCGUCAUUUGGUGUGAAAUCAAAUCUAGAGUCUACGGUGCUACGCGCCUACGCUCCAAAGAGUCAAAGAGCAUAGACUAUACAUAUUCCAGAGUCCAGACUGGCAAUGACAGGGUAUAGGAAGCAUACUCACUUAAUGAUUCACAUUAACCAUCCAUAAUUAGUGCCAACAAAAGCCAUUCACAUUAAGAAAAGAAAAAAACAAAGGCGAAUUAGAAUCAGAUCCCUGAAUUGAGUUGCAAGUCGGUGACUUGUAUUUCAAUCCAAUGUUCACAGUCUUCACACUUGCUUAAUUGUCAUUAUAAUAUUUGCUAUAUAAACAGGAGCUUCCCCCAUUCAAUCUGUGGCUCCGAAAAUUCAUCCUAUCUGAAUUACUCCCAAUAACACUUUAUCCUCUUCAAAAUUCACAAUGGCUUGGAACUUGUUGCUUCCUCUGCUCCUCCUCCUCCUCCUCCUCCUUGUCGUUCCCAACAUUUCAGGAGACGAUAAUGAUGGAGAAGACGAUCCAGGACAGCAAUGGUGUGUAGCAGAUGUGCAGACUCCAGACAACGAACUGGAAUCAGCCAUAAAUUGGGCGUGUGGCCAGCAAGAUGUAAAGUGUAGCAUGAUUCAAGAGAAUCAACCAUGCUAUCAACCUAACACCACCAAAGAUCACGCUGACUUUGUGUUCAACAGUUACUUUCAAAAUCAUAAAAACAAAGGUGGCAACUGCUACUUCAAUGGUGCUGCCAUUAUCACUGAGAAAGAUCCCAGUCAUGAUAACUGCCACUUCGAAUAUCUUCCUUCAAAUUAAGUUUACACAACAUAACAAAGUACCUUAUUUAGCAUUCCUUCAAAUUCAAGUUGUAUCAUGUCAAAAAAAGAAAUUCAAGUUGUAAAUGGAAGCUACAAGUUUGUUGGUGUUACGUAAACAUUUCGUAUACACUUCAAGAAAUAAGGUUUCAAGACUCGAAGUGAUCAAUGAUAUUGCGAUACAUCGCAUUAGCGCACUCAACAUACACAAGUAAAGCUCAAAUAACUCUAUAGCUUAACAAAUAACAACCCAUUCAUAUACAGUCGAUUAUUAUUGCAGAAUCUCAGUCAUUUUGAGAUAUUUGUACCAGUCUCAGUAGAAAUUUUGUAGCCGAUAAUCAGUUAUUCAACACAUGAGCACUUGGGUGUGGGGAAAGGAUAGUAUGCAAUUGCUGUUUUUUGUACCUUAAACUUUCAGAAAAGCAAACUAGCCCAGCCAGCUAUAAAUGCAAAGCCACCAAUAGGCGCUAACCUAUUGUACUUUCUGUCUUCUAGGUAUGCCACGCUGUAGCACCUGCAAAAUAAUUGUCUUACCAUAUCAGUUCAACGUAGAAAUGUUAUCACACUUCUCUGCA